GACUUGUACAUUUCAACUCAACUUUAUUUGUACAGCACAUUAACAACAGCCAAAACUCUUUCAAAGCGCUGUACAAACAAACAAAAAUAACAACAAUCAUACAAUCUUUUAAAAAAAUUGUCUUGGUUUAAAAUACACCAUUAGCUCCCUUGACUUUGGAACUUUGCAUACAGGAGGUGCCGAAUUUUAUUUCAUCCCUUUGCCUCCUGUUGCACGUUGUUUGAACCAAAACUGUGUCCUUCAACCACAUAAGGGUGUUAUAUAGAUGUCACGAUCGCAGCGUGCAUGAUUCACUCACGUUUGCUACCAGUUGAGUUUGCAAGUAAACAAGCAACAGGAAAGUAACAGAGAUACAUUUAAGACAAUAAACGUUAUAAAUGUGACCUAAAAUUAGAGAAGAUUAUGAAACAAAUAAUCAAAAAUUUAAAUAAAAAAAUUGACUGAACUUAAUUGUUCUUAUUCUUUAGCCUGUGAAUAUUCUCAUUCAUCCAGGUCAUUUCAUUCUCAGAACAUUAAAUUGAUCGCAACUGGACCCUUCCGGUUGUCUUAGAAGACAUUUCACCUAUCACUUGAGCAGGCUUCAUCAAGUCAUGCACAAGCACUAUUUUGUUGAACAGUGUUGCUUUUUAAUUUUAGAGCAUUUAAUUGGUACAAUUUUGAAUUUAAUAUUUCGGUAUAGACCUAAAUGAAAAUUCUUUUUUUUUGCGCAAUACUUAGUAGUUUAAUGAGUAUACCUUUAAAUAAGAUACAAUGGCUAAUAAGAUCUCUCUAAACCGCUCAUGGAAAUAGCGUUCUUUAUGGCCAAAUAUUGUGUCUGUAAAAAUAAUGCUGCUAAUUUUCAUUUUUUCAAACAUUUGUUAAAGUCUGGCUGCAAAUUCAAUUGCAAAUACGCAAUAUUUUUUGGCUCAUAGAUUUAUUUUUAAAUCUGUCUCUGAUAUGAAAGCCUCCCACCAUGAACAACACUGCACGUCCCAUCAAAACUUCACAAGCUAACCCUAAAAACAUCGUGAUUUUUAUUUUUUAUUUUUUUACCGAACAUGCGAUUAAAUGUGCACGAUGCAUCAGUUAGAGGAAAUAAUAAUAAUAACAAGAUCAAUGUAGCCAAAUAUGUAAAGCCAAAUGUUUGAACAUCUAGAUGCAGAUUCAAAUCAAAACGAAUGAAAGUUUUUUAUUUUUAAAACUCCAAUUCAAAAUCCUCCUGCUAAGUUAUAUUUAUAUUAGAAAGAAGCUUGAUUGCAACACAUUUUGUUCGUUAUAAAUAUUUACACUCAAGGUUCUACUCGAUUGUUGAACCAUCCUGUGUCAUUAAUUGUUUCACGACAAAAGGAAAUGAAAAAUGAUAUCUAAAGAGAAGAAAAAUCUGUUUUGGAGAGCAAUAUAAAGACCAGCCCACCCCCACCGCAGCCAUUUUUUUCUUCAAAUUAAUGACUCCCAACUCAAUUUGCUAUGACGGGGGGAGCGAAAAUCACAAUGCCAGAACGAGGGAGUAGGCGAGAGAGAUGGGAUAAGUGGCAGAAAGAAAGGGUGCGGAAGAGGGAAAGAGGGGGAGGGUGGCUGGAGAGAGGUGGGGGACGGGGGGGGGGGGGUAGAUGGGCUUUUGCUCGGGGUGAACGGUAGGUCAGUUGUCACACCAUGACGCGGAUCGUCCGUUUAACAAAGCGUGUACCAUACCGACAGAUUAAUAGGAAAACUUGAGACCACGCGCGCGCGCGCACGCACACGCACAAUGUGAGUCAAUGCCUUGGAGAGCACACAGUUCUCAGCAGCCCUCAGCCCCAUACAGCUUGCAUUAAUAGCAGGGAAAUUCUGCAAAGGGACCUGCGAUACCUUCGGGUUUGGGGAGUGGUGUCGCAAUGGUCCUGGAUUUGCCUCACCCGGAUGAUUUCAAGGCGCCUUCUGGAGACUUUGGGGUGCCCGUGGCGUCGCAAUAGAUGGGAGAGAAUGCGUGGUGAGAACACCGGAGUCGCUUUUGCGGAUCACGGAAACGAAAAGGAUGACGCGUUCAAUAAAAAAAAAAAUGGGACAUGAUAAGAUGAUGGAAAUUGGCUAAAAGUGGAACUGCAGCUGGAUCAGAGGGCUACAGAAGACCUCCUACCAUGCAGGCCCCUUCUGUCAGGAGGUGCGAGGGGCCAAGGAACAGAGGAGCAGAAGAAAAGAGAAAGAAAACAUCUUGGAAAACAACCCCCUCCUCCAACACACACUUAACACUCAAGAAAGAACACUUUUUUCUACCCACCCAUUCAGAGGCUAUUUUUUACGCCCUUCGAGAGUAUAAGAAAGAAAAACAGUUUUCCUUCUCAUUUGAAAGAAGACACAGAUAGGGAACUCAAGAAGAUGGCUGAGAGUUUGCAAAAUGAGGUGCUUUGCAAGUUUUUAGGAGAUUUGAGGAAGCUGCCCUUUUCCAUCAAAAUACCAGGACUUAGAAGAUUAGCUCUCGGUCAGAUUGGAGGGGGUCAUUGGAGAGACACCGUCACGUGACCCCUGGUGCCAAAUGGUCUUCCGGCAGUGGUUCUCAACAACGGCCGGAGCUAAAGAAGACAUUGCCGCAUUUCUCAGACAUGCAGAAGACAACAUACUACGACAACUCAACUCUUUUUGGUGGCUAUGCGUCCUAUCAGGCGCAGGGGGAAACAACUGCACCUGCCAACGGCUUCGGGGGCUAUGAAGUCCCAGGGUCUCAUCAUCUACCAGCCUUCCAGUCAGGAACCCAUCUGGAUGUUGACUCUUACCACCGAUCUGCCUGCUCUUUGCAGUCAUUAGGUGGUAGCAGCGGGCACCACCAGCAGCAACAGCUAGUUAAAAACAAGGAGCCGAAUGGCAGCUGCAUGAGGCCCAGCCUGCCACCUGAGCACCACACUGGCUCGAAAGUGUCCCCGCCAUUGGCCCCCAAUCCAAGCGAUGGUAGUACCGGAGCUCAGCAGCCAGGGGGUAGUGCUAGCACCUCAUCAGUCCCCAAAUCAGGCCCCAAUCGGUCAUCUAAUUCCUGCUCCUCCACAUCAUCCUCCACUUCCUCCUCCUCCUCCUCGCUACCCCCCAACCCAGCAUUGGCCAAGCAGAUCUUUCCCUGGAUGAAAGAGUCCCGCCAGGCAAACAAGCAGAAAAACUGUUCACCCAGCAACAACUCGGGUAACGCAGCAUCAGGUGGAGGUGAGAGUGGUAGUGGCGGAGAGAAGAGUCCUACUGGCGGGUCAUCAGCAACAUCUAAGCGAGCGCGUACAGCGUACACCAGUGGCCAACUUGUUGAACUGGAGAAGGAGUUUCAUUUCAAUCGAUACCUGUGCCGUCCACGGCGUGUGGAAAUGGCCAAUCUGCUCAACCUGUCUGAGCGGCAGAUUAAGAUCUGGUUUCAGAACCGACGCAUGAAGUAUAAAAAGGACCAGAAGUCCAAGGGAUUGAGUUCUAGCUCAGGAGGGCCUUCACCAACUAGCUCACCGCCUCUGCCCAUGCAAUCCUCAGCCAGUUAUCUCAACUCAAUGCACCCAAUGGUUGGGGGAGGUGGGUCAGCCUAUGAUGCCCCAUCUCCUCCAUCCUUUGGUAAACCUCACCAAGGAGUGUCUUACUCCAUGUCCACUGCCUACUCCAAUCUCCCAAUGAAGGGCUGCCCUCCACAACAGAAGUAUAGUCACCAAGAUCAAGACUACGGUGACCCACAUCCUCACCAUGGCCUCGUACAGGCCAACAGUACCAGCUUUGGAACACCCACUAACAUGCAGGAUAGUCCAGUCUAUGUGGGGAGUGGCAGCUAUGUGGAACCCAUGUCUGGCUCUGGACCCUCCAUGUAUGGCCUAAAUCACCUUGGGCCCACACCAUCCCAUCACCAAACCAUGGAAUACAAUGGUGCAGGGCCUCUGUCAGCCACGAACCAGCAUCAUGUGAGUGGAGGGGUACCCACAGGUUCCUGCGACCCACCCACUCAUGCAACAUACACAGAGCUCUCUGCGCACCAUACCUCGACUCAGGGCAGAAUCCAAGAGGCACCCAAGCUCACUCACCUGUAGCAUUGGUAAGAAAACGAAGGAAGACCACACAGAAAAAGUAAUGUGACUCAUUAACAGGCUGAACUAACACUUGGGGACUCACCUACACGAAAAGGGAUGUCAUUAGAGAUCGAAAAGAGACAGAGAAGAGCAAGUCAGUGGUUUAUGUUUUGCAGCCAAUUAUGGGCUCAAUCAAUGUAUAGCCCUAUAUUCUACCCAUUGCUGUCAGCAAUAUGUCAAUGUAUUUUACUCUUGGAAAAGCACUUACCGUAAUUUGUUUGUAUCCAUUAAUCAUGAACGGAAAACUCACGCUGUACCUCUACAGUCUUUAAAUUUAUACAGAAAGUUAGGAGCAGGCAGUCCAGUGAAAUAGUGGGUAGCAUGUCUGCCUCAUAGGAGAUCUGAGUUAAUCCAUUGGCACAUCUUUGUGUGGCGUUUGUAUGUUCUCGCCGUGCUUGCUUGAGUUUUCUCUGGGUGCUCUGGCUUCCUCUCACUUUCCAAAAACGUGCUUUUUAGUUUAAUUGAAUACUCUAAAUCAAAGGUGUCAAACUCAAGGCCUGGCCAAAUCCAGCCUGCCACAUCAUUUUAUGUGUCCCGUGAAAGCCAAUCAUUUGCAUCAACUUCCCUGAUUCUUGCUAAAAUCUGUACCAAAAUUUCAAAUUGUCAUAUGUCAUAAAUAAUGUUGAGAUAUUGCAAAAAAUUUUUGUUACCAAAACCCUUUUUACAGUAACUUGAUGGGUGUGGGAGGGUUUAACAGUAACCCUGUUUAAUGUGAAAUGGAAGGCAACGCCCUACCUCGGCAAUAUCUUUUGUAUUUCACGAAUACCGACUGUGAAUAUCAAAUAUUGUGGAGUCAUUGGGAAAAUGUCGAUGCGCCCUAAACUGGAAGUUGCGUAAUAAAAUGAGAUAACUAGAGGUAAAGAAAUUCCUUUUACUUAUCAUUAACUGUAAACAUUUAUUCUACUUGUCUAAAAAUUGAUAUACAUAUAAUACGUUUAUAUAACUGUAAUUUCUUUUUUCAUUUUCAUUAUUUCACGUUUGUCCUUUUGCCCCUCACGCCCUCUAUUAACCAGUGCCACUGAAUAUUAUGAUGAGGUCAUGAAAUAUUUAUAUGGUUUCACAGUCAGAAAAGCUCUCUGAGGGAAACCGUACCAACAAUUUGGCCCAUGGCAAAAAUGAGUUUGACACCCCUGCUCUGAUUGAUUUGUACGUGUGCAUUUUUUGUGUCAAUUGUUGUUUUGACUAUAUGUGCUUGCAAUCGACAAGCGACCAGUCUAGGGUGCUACCCCACCUCUCGCCCAAAGUCAGCUGGGAUCAGCUCCAGUUACCCACAACCCCAAUGAGGACACAUGAUAUAGAAAUGAAUAGAUGAUAGUUGGGAGAAAAUUGGCAUAGUAUUGUAUUGCAAUCUUGACUACAGUCAGUACUUAAUGACGAAAGGACAAAAGAGCCCUUUGUUUUUAAUUUGUCCCAUACAAAGCUUAUGUCUAAAGCCUAAGCCUAGACACCCCACAAGACCCAUAUAGAAACAGGUCUUCCAGAUGAAAUAGUGUAGAGUGUUUAAUGGGAACUUAGUGAGUUGGCUAGAAUAAUGACAGGAAGGUUUCUUCCCCUGCAGGCAACACGUUGUCAUCUGAGCAGAGUGUGUAGAGCUCUUGUAGAGAGGAAAGAAUAGCUGGCACUUCACUCUCGCCUGUCCAGUAAGUGCAUAAAAACACUGAUUCAUGAUCCUCUAACUGUCUCUUUUCACCUCCUGCCGUAAAAGUCUGUGUGGAUCCAGAUGGAAUCACUAACCCAUUGUGUUCUAUAUGUCACGACAGCACAUGCCCUCUGACGGGGCAACAAUUUUCUAUGAUUCUCUUGAUGCAUCUGUACACAAACCCAACACCUACAAUCACUUCUUCUCCCACUCCAACUGUUUGGAAAGCUCCAAGGCGUUGAUCCCCGAGAAUGACAUGCAUACAAUGUCUUGCUAAGUACUUCAGCAUACCACCCUUUGUGCACACAGCAAUGCUAAGCUAGUUUCCUGUUGUUGAUAAAUGUGCAGUCAGGUAACACCAACUGCUGACAUUGUUAAAACGUUUACUACCUUAUUUUCGCACAUCGUUGAUACAGGGUAUAGAAUUGAGAAUGCUAUCUAUUUAUGGUUAUGCCCUUUGUCUCCCUCUCCUUCACUAAUGGAAGGGUUUACAUAAAUAGGAGGCCAUCAAUUCUUUUAUAUAUACUUUUUUGUUUUUUUUUCCUUUGCAAAUCUUGACUUUUAAAAUGGAUACAGGGUAUAUAUUUGAACAAAAAUGUUUGGACCAGAAAUGUGUGCACAUUUUUAAAAAAUGGGUUUAUUUGUUUGAACCAUCUGUUAGAGUAGUUUGGGACAAUACACAAAACAUAAAGAACCCUUUCUUUUUUUUUAAAACAAUUAACUUAGUGUUAAAAGCAUUACGUGUGUCUGGCCCACUCUACACUCCUUGAUGUUAUGGAAAUAUACUCAUGUUUUUUAAAAGUGCAAUUUACACAAAUGCUUUUGCAUCUGGGCAUCAUUAUUGCACUUACAGUUUACAUUUUGAAGUUUAAGGUAAAAAAAAAAAAAAAAGUUUAAAUAAAAUGUUAUUUUGAAGGAAGGCCCUUCAAUCAGAGUUUUUCGCAAAUGUGCGUUCAAGUGAACAUUCAUUAAAAAAAUAUUUAUUUGUUGUAGCCAGUUUUAAAAGAUUCUCUCUCUGCGUUAUCAUUAUUUAUCCGUCAUGUAUUUAUAUUGAGAAAAAAUACCGUACUUUUCUAGCAUUUACCUGUUAUGAAAGAAAAAAAACAGCAUUGUGUUUCUUCUUUGUCAAUUGUACUGAAGUUACAUUUUUAGUUCUUGUAUUUUGAUAGAAAAGAAGUACUUUUUAAUUUCUACAGUAACCCUUGUACAUAAAUGUCUUGAUAUGUACAAGGAAAAUGGCAAGGAUGGGGAUUGGUAACCCAUCCAUGCAUACUGUAGAAUUUUGACAAUGUAUAGGCUGGGGGGGAAAAAGAACAAGACUUUUUGGAGAACAAUGACUUCUUUAUUUGACUUUUAGCAACUUUUUAUUUAAUUGUUUAUAGAGUUGUCUGUCCAGCAAUUCCUUAAUAAAAUGUUACUUUAU